AUUUGGUUGAAUGCUUCCGCGUUGUAAAUUAUGGAUAUCUCGUGCCAGCAUUCAUUAGAGAUCGACUACCAGGAGAUAUGUUUCGUAUUAAAGAAUUUAAGGCAAAACAUGUAGAGAUUGAACAAGCGAUUUUGCAUAAAGAGCUCAGAGAUCAUUUGGCCAACUACACUCCAGGUGAAUGCAACGACUAUAUUGAUUCUUUCAUUAAAACAAUGAAGGAAAACGAAGGAAUCGAAAAGGAACAUUGGUUUAAUGAAGGGCAACUGAUGGAUAACAUUGUCGAUUUCUUUAGGGCUGGGACGGAUAGCUCAGCAGCAACUCUUAGAUGGGUAUUCCUCCGUAUGGCUACCAAUCCGGAGAUUCAGAAACGAGUUAAGGAAGAAAUAAUGGACACUAUCGGAGAUGACAAACUACCAUCAAUGGAGGAUAAACCCAAAAUGCCAUUUACAGAAGCUACGGUUAUAGAAUGCAUGAGGUUUCACCCCGUUAUCCCAUUGCUACAAAGCAGGCACACUCCGGAUGAGCCAGUGGAGUUUAAGGACUUUGUACUUCCACCGAGAACAUUGAUUGUUGAAAAUAUCCAUGCGCUACACUUUGAUCCUGAUGAAUGGGAUGAGCCAAACACAUUUAAACCUGAACGCUUCAUCGGACCAAAUGGAAAAGUGAUCAAGGACAAUCACAUGCUACAAUUUGGAAGUGGUAAACGUGAGUGCUUGGGCGAACCGCUAGCCAAAAUGGAGCUCUUCUUGUUCUUCGUUGGUAUUCUUCAGAAAUUUACAAUCAAAAUACCACUGGGGAAAGAACCCAAGUUGGGGUUCCGUGUAGGGAACGGUUUAGAUGUUCCUUUACCAUAUGAGAUUUCUUUCGUCAGACACUAAAAAUGGGCAUGGCAU